AUGGAAACAUUUAAUAAAUAUUGUAAAAAUAUAUUUUAUGCUAUGUCAUUUCUUGGUUCAUUUCAGUGUAAUCUUUUAUAUUAUUGUAAUUAUCCGGAAGGUUCAAAGGAUUAUGUUCCUAAACCAACAGAAUAUGGCAUUCCAUAUAAAGAUGUGAUAUUGACAACUUCUGAUAAUGUUAAAAUUCAUGUUUAUGAUCUACAACACGGUGAUGAUGAUAAAGCAAAAAAAAGACCAACAAUCUUGUAUUUUCAUGGGAAUGCUGGGAAUAUGGGGCAUUGUUUAGAAAUCGCCGAACAAUUUUACAAAACAGUUUUGGACUAUAUUAAAAAUCACGAAAUUUAUAAAAAUUCCAAGGUCAUAGUGUUUGGUCAAUCAUUGGGAGGUGCUGUAUCAAUCGAUUUGGUAUCAAAGAAUGAAGAUAAGGCAAGUAGAUAA